AUGGCUGCCUUCCCCAGGCCAGCCUCUCCGCAGCCUCUCUGGCUCCCCGUCUGCGUGGCGGCCAGGGACGUUUUUGAGGGACCUAAACAAGAAAACGCCACAGUGGCCAGCAUGAGUUUCUCUGCCCUCUCCACCAAUAAAGGCAGCUCAAAAAUGCCACCUGGUGACUGGUGAAAGAAACGUCCCUCAUGUGUCUGGAAACAAGGUAGAACACCCCCACAAAUAUUGCAAGAGACAAAAAGCAGAGAACUUAGAAGCUAACAAGGUGGAGAGUUUUGAUGGUUUUAGAAUAAGAGGAAAUGAACAUCCAACUUUUUGGAUGUUUUUAAUAGAAACAGAUGCUUCUUUAGGACAGGGUCAGCCACUGGCGGCCUUGGGGCGAAGUGUGGCCCUUGGCCUAAAUUGCGCAAUCCUCAGCAGAGAAUCAGAGCUCUUGCAAGAGGGGUCUGGGUCUCCCCAGGUGGUCAGUCGGGUGAGGAGGACGCUCAGGUCACCCCUGAUUUAGGGCUUGCUAACCAAAUCUUUGGUUUGGAUCGCUGUUUCCAGGUAUGACGCAGGCAAAGACGGCUUCAUCGACCUCAUGGAGCUGAAGCUGAUGAUGGAGAAACUCGGGGCUCCCCAGACGCACCUCGGCUUGAAAAACAUGAUCAAAGAAGUGGACGAAGAUGUUGACAGCAAGCUCAGUUUUCGGGAGUUCCUUCUCAUCUUCCGGAAAGCGGCUGCAGGGGAGUUGGAGGAAGACAGCGGUCUGCACGCCUUAGCCUGCCUCUCGGAGAUCGACGUCUCGACGGAGGGCGUGAAAGGAGCCAAAAGCUUUUUCGAGGCCAAGGUCCAAGCGAUGAACGUCACCAGCCGCUUCGAAGAGGAGAUCAAGGCGGAACAGGAAGAGAAGCGGCGGCAGGCAGAGGAGCUGAAGCAGAGAAAGGUGGCUUUCAAGGAGCUGCAGUCAACCUUCAAGCAGUGACGGGCCGGACCAAGCAGAGCCAUCGGCAGCCGCGGCUCCCAUCAAGCCCGCCAGCAAGCUGAACUGCAGCCCCCGGUUCUGGCUUCGUGCUUCGAGCAGCCGCUUAAUUUGCAAGCAAUAAGCCCCUCCCCACGCUGCAAAAACCCCACCCAGUGUUUGCAGGUCAGGUGGCCGCUAGAAGCACAAGAGCCAGAGAGGUCCUGGUCUGUCGGCAACCCCGUGUGGUUUAUGGAUGAACCGCUGUGGAAAGAUGGGCCUUUGAGCCCCCAGACCCAUUCGGAGGGUGCCGCUGUUCCUUGGCCUGUAAAGAUUUGCACCCCCCCCCAAGCCAGCCGUUCCGUGUUUCUUUUACCGCGUUUUUGUCUUCUGUCCGCCGGUCUCGUGACUCUCAGUGUCUCCUGGUCCCAGGCUUGCGGACUUGACGCGUGAAUCGUUUUGUUCUCCGGCUGCGGUUGUGGUGCAUGGAUGUGGCUUGCUGUUAGAGGCGGGGCGCGGGGGCCCCCCCC